GCUGUUGGUUUCAAUAAAACACCCAUAUCUUAGGGUGAUAUGUAAACAUGCCGGAGAUUCUAUAAUUUUCACCUCAAACUGACAGCAGUAAUUAACAACAAAUUCAGACUGAUGGGAGCAUGUCUAAGGUGUUGAAGUGAUUUGUUUUUUUCUUCAGGUGUAAACUUUUGAGGUUAUAUGGGAGAACACAAAUUUAUUUGAGAAGUCCACAGGGCAAACAGAGGAGGAAUUAAAGCGAAUGUGAUACCACCCAUAAAGGAAAAACAGCUGUGCUUUACAUUUCGUAGUCUGAGUGCACAUGUAAUACAAUCAAGAUGCUUGGUUUUGUUCAUACCUGCUAGAGAAAGGUAUAUUUUCUAUAUGAGAUGUUAACUGCAUGCUGUUUUAUGUGUUUUACAGAAUCUGAGGGGAUAGGGUUCAUGAACAUUUUUGACUGACUUCACACACAGAAAUUAGAGCAGUACAGGUGAACCAUUUUCUCUCGACUUAGAGAAGAUUUCACAGGUAAAUAAGAUGGGGAACAAAUCAUCCAGUAAGAAGCUUCCCAAGGAAGACUUGGAAUUUUUGUGCUCAAAUACAAAAUUCACGAAGGCUGAGAUUAAAGAUUGGUACAGGGGUUUUAUGAGGGACUGUCCUGAUGGAUUGCUGUCAAAGUCCAAGUUUCUUGAGGUGUAUUCCACAUUCUUCCCCACAGGAAAUCCAGACAAGUUUUGUAACCAUGUGUUUAGGUCCUUUGAUGGAGACAACAGUGGUAAAAUUGACUUUAAGGAAUUCUUGCUUGCCAUUAACAUCACCUCUGGUGGUGAUCCCAAGAGCAAACUGAACUGGGCCUUCACUAUGUAUGAUAUUGAUGGGAAUGGAACCAUUGAAAAAGAUGAAAUGGUGGAAAUAAUUGGGGCAAUUUACAACAUGCUGGGAAGUGCACUGUGUGGGCAAGGAGAGGACACACCAGAAAAAAGGACAGAGAAAAUUUUUGAAAAAAUGGACGAAAAUGGUGACGGACAUUUAACAAAACAAGAGUUUAUUGAAGGCUGCAUGAAAGAUCAAGUUCUGUAUCAAAUGCUGACAGCAGAUGCAGCAACCAACCAAUAAUGGUACCCUCAAGAAUAUUCCAUUUCAUUCAACAUUUCACAAAGAACAGUUUUAUCUGCAGCAUGAGAGUUGUGUAUACACUGAGGCAUUAUAUGUGAUAGAAUCUUAUUGUUCCAGAACAGAGCAUCUUCAAUAUCAGAUUGAUUUUUUUGUAAGAUACUGUAAAAUGGAAAUAAGAAAAUAUUGGUAAUUUUUCAAAUGUUUGAAGGUCAAAUUGAAUUUGUAUUUUAGCUAAUCAAAUGAAAAGCAUUAUGUUAACAUAAAUGAGAAAAAAUGUAAAAUGUAGAGAGAUCUAGUUGUUUGUAUUUUUCUGAAUAUCACUUGAUUCCAUAAGAUUUGAUUAUUAUAUGUGAUACAGUGUAAAGGUAACUUGUAGCUUCAUGCCAGUCUGUUUUUCAUUCCUCCAAAUCAUGUUUUUGUAUUCUGAAUGCAUAAGAUUGUCAGCUAGAACAAUGAUAUGUAAAUAUACCACCAUAACUCAAGUAAUACACCUAGGAUUGGUGCCCAGUUUAUUUUGGAUGUCCUUUUGCAAGAUAAACAAGAUUUGGUUGUGUGCUCACAAUAUUGAGAACAUAUGGUACAGUUAUAUCAUCACUAUACAUUUAUUACAAGUAUGAUAGUUUCUUUCGUAGAAUUUUUCAACUAACAUAAUAUAUAUUGCCUAUACAUGUAAUCAAGAUUUCGCAUAUAUUUUAGUUCUUGUAAAAAGCCAAGCAAUGUAUGUCUAAAAUCUAAGCACAGCUUCCAGAGCUUAGUAAUUGGUUAAGAAAGUUAGGAAAACAAUUUAGUAUUCUAGUAUUUCUAUCCAAACACUUUCACCUUUUUCUAGGGAAAAAAAAACAAACCAGUGAAGCUCAUAGUAAUUUUUGGUAUUCAUUGUUGUGCAUGAAGAAUGUUUCAUCAAAUGCCAUUCAUUAAUUCAUUGAUUUGCAUGUGGCUGUUGGCAUAAAGUAUUUGGUAAUUAUUCUACAAAUUAUUUAUUUUCAAUCUUUAAUAUGUACAUUAUGUGGUUCAAGUGGACUUCAUGUUAUCCGUUUACAAACUGAUUGUUGUAAUCAAGUCAGAUUGUUUUGUAUCUAAAUCUCAGUGUCACCUUUAGAAGUUUAUACAAAGUUCAUCUCAUAGUAUCUUCUUAAAGAUGUCAACGAAAAAGCACUAAGGUGGGAGACAAUAUUUUUAGUAUUAGAAUAUGGAAGAUCAUUUAAAUAAAUCUCUGUAAAUUUAGUGACAGUAAGUAUUUUUAAAAAAUGACGUUUAUAUGCAAGUUUAGUGAAUUCAAUAGAAAAGGCUAGAUAUUUCAUGUUUGUAAGUACCAAAGCUCACUCCUUCUUUUUAAGGUUUAACCUAUUUCUAAUUUCAAUGAGAUUUGAAGAUUAUAUUUCAUUCUUUUAUGUAUUAGACAUAAAAUCAAAAAUUUAAAAUGAUGGAUCAGAAUUAAAACUUGAUAUGUCACAUUUAGUUCAAUGUAGUUGCAAUCUGUCAUUCCAAUAUUUUAAGGGAAAAUACUAGUAUUCUGAUUCCAGUUCACAACAUAGUGUUAAAAACCUUUUCUUAACAGUGUCCUAUUUUGUUUGCAAUUUUUGUGUUCAAUUAUUUGAUGAUUGUGUUCACUCCUUUCUGAAAAUUUGGUGUUCACCUUUAUAUUAUGAUGAACUAUGUAUUUCUUCUGUUAUUUUUGUUACUUUUUUGCCUAUUUUACACUAACUUUAUUGCUGGACAAUAUGCUGAUUAGAUUAUAUAUUAUACAUAUUAUGUGCAAAGCAUUAUCAUGAAAUAAGUGUUCGAAUAAAAGAAGAUUAUAUGAAGCCUUC